AAUAAUUCAGUACACUUUCAUUAGACAUCGUAAGAAGUAUCAUUAGGUAGGCAUAGCGUAGGCAUCAUCACUUCUACUAAAAAGCUGUCUAGUUUUCUAAACAUCAUUUUUAAAAUUUGGCUGUGUAUUUUGUGUGUUAGAGAAGACUGAGUUUUAUCAAAAAGGCGAAAUUUGAAGCAAAAUUUAAACGUCAUGGAACAGCCGGAAUUGGUACAGUCACUAGAUCUACCCAGUACUUCUUCUUUACUGACUAGGCGUGCGGCAUGCAACCAAAAAGGGUCCACAAAAGCUAAGGGAGUGUCUUUAGAAGAGGCAGGAAGUGAUGGGUCAGAGGUGACAACGACAUCUUCAUCCACCUCUCUAGUUGGUGGUAAUAUGCCAGAUAGCAAAGUAGCAUCAUUGGAUUCCACUGGAAUGGAAUUGGAAGAGAUCAACAAAGGCAAUGAGCGUGAAUCAAAGGAUGAAUCUCUUUAUGAUUGUAACAUAUGUCUGGACACAGCCAAGGAUGCAGUAGUCACUAUGUGCGGCCAUCUAUACUGCUGGCCCUGUUUGCAUCAAUGGCUAUUGACUCGACCUAACAACAAGGUCUGCCCAGUAUGCAAGUCUUCUAUUAACAAAGACAAAGUCAUUCCACUCUAUGGACGGAAUAGUGCACGUCGGGAUGAUCCACGCAAUAGAGUUCCACCCCGUCCGGCAGGACAACGUACUGAGCCAGAGGCUGGAUAUCCAAACUUUGGAUUUGGUGACGGUUUUUUCAUGUUUUUUGGCAUCGGGGGCUUUCCUUUCGGUUUAUUAACUUCAUCCAUAAACAUACGCGAACGUCGUCCUCCUGUUCCAGGCAGGUAUCGUGGCAGGAACAACGGACAAACCCGGAACGAGGACGAACAAACUCUUUCAAGAAUGUUUCUAUAUCUUGCUUUUAUACUCAUCGCAUGGCUGCUUUUCGCCUAGAGAUGUAACCAAGAAAGAUGGUUUUGGGCCUUGUUUUCCGGAGUACAUACUUUAUAUACAACUUCAAAUUUUUAUGUUCCGAUGCAAAUGGUUUAUUUCAAAAAAAUCGAAAAUAUAUUUAUCGCUAUUGUUAGGUAUACGUAUACGUUAUAUCAGAUAAGCGUAUACGUAGUAUAUAUUAAGAUACAUAGUACGUAUGCGUAUUACAUAAUUACGUAUACGUAUAAUUAUAACUUGUUCAUGAA